GCUUGCUUCUCUCUCCUUUGCAAAAGCCCUUCCUGGACUUUGUAGCUGCUUUAAAGUGUGGAUCCAAGGGUAUGUGGCAGAAUAGUAAUGGGGAACCCCCGUCUCCCUUGCGGUUAGUCUGGAUAAGCUGUGGGCUCCUUGGGGCAGAGUCCUUGGCACAGAUGGAGGAGGGGGGGAGGAAGGGGAGCCCCUAAGUGCAGGGGCAGAAGCGGGAAAGUGCAGGAAUGGAGAGGGAGGGGGUCCCUCGGCUUGCAAAGGGUUAAAAGGAGCAGAGCGGGAUUCCUAGAGAGGACGGGAAGUGGAGGGGGAGUGAAGGUCCUCCAGGGCUAAAUCCCCCCUCCCCCUCCCUCCCUGCCUUCUUCUUCUCUCUCCUUUGCAAAAGCCCCUCCUGGACUCGGGUGAGUCUCCUCUCUCCUCCCCCUGAGGGUGCAAUGGGGAGAAGGGGGUCCCAGGGGGGCAGGGAGACCCCCAAGUCGGGGAGCAGAGGGUCCUCCCUUGUCCUCUCUGCCAAGCCAGGGAGGGGCCACUUCGCAGGAGGUUUGCAGCUCUGCUCUUCCUUGGGAUCCAGAUGCUGCCUUCCUUUUGGGGGGAGGGGGCUUUGGGUCAAGGAAAUAAACCCCCUUCAGAGGGAGGGAUAUGUCACAUUUGUGAACAGAGGCUGCAGCCAGACGGGAACAUUCCCACGUGGGGGGAGCGCAGGGAGAAGAAAAGCCCGUCUGCAUCUGCAGCAGCACAACAGGACCACUUCCUCUGUCCCAGAUGCAACAAUAUUAUAUUAUACAACAUAAUAUUACUACUAAUAAUAAUAAUAAUAAUUUAUUUGUACCCCGCCCAUCUGGCCGGGUUUCCCCAGCCACUCUGGGCGGCUUCCACAAAAACGAAAUAGACACUAUUAUGUCAUACAUUUAAAACUUCCCUGAGCAGGGCUGCCUUAAGAUGUCUUCUGAAUGUCAGGUAGUUGUUUAUGUCUCUCCCCUGUCGCUCUCCACACCCACAGCUGGCGCUGUGACCUUCCAACAACUGGAUCUCACUCCCAAAGACACACUCUUCCAUGGUCUCCCAAGACAGAUGACUGCCAACCAGCCAACCAUUCCCUCCCCUCACAAUGCACAAUUCCCUCCCCUCCCCCUCCUGGUGCCCCUGGAACUUGGCUUGAGGGCAUUGGGAGGGUCCAACCCACCAGAUGAAGGGAGAGGAGGUCCUUCCAUCUGGAAAAUGGGAAUGCUUGCAAAGAUUUACUUGAAGAUGAGUGCCAUAUAGAUAAAAAACAUUAUUUUGUGGAAUUCCCCCAUUUACACAAAGAUUAAUACCCAUCAUUUAAAUACACAACAAAAUGGUUUCAGAAAAGAACAGAGCAAUGUGUAGAAAAAUAUCAUCUUUCUUCUCCCUUUUUCUCUUAGGGUCCAGUGUGCUUUGAAGACGUAGCUGUUCCUUUCACAGAGGAGGACUUGGCUUUGCUGGAUCCUGACCAGAGAGCUCUGCAGAAGGAAGUCAAGGAGGAGAAUCCUGGGAUCGUGGCCUCUCUGGUAAGGCUCCCUGCUGGAUCAUAAGAUCAGUUUUGAAAUUCCAUACAGAUCUCUGAAGGACAAACCUCCUCUAUUUUGAUGGAGCCCCAUAGCGCCACCUACAGCAUCUGAGAUGUUAACACACCCACAACUCUCCAUAGGACAUGUAUCUCCUGUUCUGUCUGGGAAUAUUCUUCCACCAGUCCUGCCUUUUCCAACCGUGAGGAGGCUGGUCUGAGCUGCCCAGGCCUUCUUCAGUGUAAUCUUCAGAGAUAUUAAGGACAUGGAGGUACAUCCUGUCUAAUUUUCUAUUUUCCUUUCUGCAUCUGUCUGUUUUUGGUUGAGCAAAGAAAUGACUGAGCUUGGAGAUGGAGCGGAUUCCAUGACUGACCCAAAUUAAAUCCAUCCCUGGAAAGAGCCAGACUUUUCGAAUCUCCGGGCCCCAUAAAUAAGUUAGAUAAUAUCAGCCAAAAAAGGCAGUAACUCCCUUCCCUUCUUCCUUUUUCACAAGCAUUCAUUUGCAUUGUUCACUAAAUUCAGACUCUUAUCUAUUCCUGAGGCUAUUAUAAUAAUUAAUUAAUAAUACUGCCAUGGGUUGUAGGUGGUAGGUGGUGAAUUGGAAAGGAAGAAGAAUGGAGACAAUAAGAAAAUCCACAUAAUGGAGAAACCAUAUAAAUAUUCAGAGUGUGGGGAGAACUUUAGUCAGAGCUCCCAGUCCACUUCCCAUCAAGGAAAGCUCUUCGUUCAGAAGGAGAGCCUCACUUCACAUGAAAGAACUAACGGGGGGAAGAAAUUAGUGCUUGAAAUGUGGAAAAAGCUUCCUUCGCAGCUCCACCCACAAUUCCCAUGAGAUACUUCAUACAGGGGAGUGUUUGGAAAAAGCUUCAUGCAGGUCAGAAACCAGAUCAGUGCUUGGAAUGUGGAAAGAGCUUCAUUCAGUUGGUGAAUCCAAUUUUCCAUGAAAUAUUUCCUGCAAGGGACUGUUUAGAAUGUGGAAAAAGCUUCACCUAGGAAACCAGUCUCAAUUUCCAUUAAAUAAAACACAGCAGGGAUAAUCAGAGAAUUUUAGAAAAUGGUAUAAGACAUAUGGUAUAACUGGUAUUAGGAAACUUCAUGAGGAAUUAAGGGGAAAGAUAGCAUUGACCCAGAGUAGUUACAAAAUUUAUGGUCUCCCCCCGAGUGCCAGGGACCCUCCUCCAAAGAGAGCUUUUUUUUGUCGGAAUUAUUUCCUUUUUCCCAAUUUUUGGCAAUUAAUGUUCUCACUGCCACUGUGGCACAAAGAAAUAUUUCCUUUUUUUUUUUUAUCUACAUCUAAUAUUCCCAAUAAAAAGGCUUCUGUUCUUUGGGGCAAAAUUUUGUUCAAAAGUUUUCUUUAGUUCUUCAUACACCGUAUCCCAGAAGCCCUUGAUUUUAUCACAUGGCCACCACAUAGGCAGAAGUGUCCCCUCUACUUGCCUCACAAGCCGUAAAAUUCCAACUCUCCUUGCAUAAUUUUUCCCAUGAUGUUAAUUGAAUAGGUUUCCCUAAAUCCAUAGCCAAUUUGAUCAUUACUGCCUUUACCUGUUCAUCCAUAUCCUUCCACUCCAAUAAGAUUCCAUACAUUUUAGAAAUUACUUUUGUUUUGUUUUGUAAUAAUUCUUUAUCCAAUACUGAAAUUGCAAAACCCUCUUUCUUGUCAGCUUUGAAGACCUCAUUUAUUUGGUGAUACUGGAUCCACCCUGUUAGGUGGUGUUUUAUUUCCUCCCGCAGUUUGGUCAGACUCAUGCUGGUAGCUUCAAGAACACUGUCCCACCAUCUCGUCCUCUGUCGUCCCCUUCUCCUUGUGCCCUCCAUCUUUCCCAACAUCAGGGUCUUUUCCAGGGAGUCUUCUCUUCUCAUGAGGUGGCCAAAGUCUUGGAGCCUCAGCUUCACUAUCUGUCCUUCCAGUGAGCACUCAGGGCUGAUUUCCUUCAGAAUGGAGAGGUUGGAUAUUCUUGCAGUCCAUGGGACUCUCAAGAGUCUCCUCCAGACCAGAAUUCAAAAGCAUAAAUUCUUCGGCGAUCAGCCUUCUUGAUGGUCCAGCUCUCACUUCCAUGCAUCACUACUGGGAAAACCAUGGCUUUAACUAUACGGACCUUUGUUGGCAAGGUGAUGUCUCUGCUUUUUAAGAUGCUGUCUAGGUUUGUCAUUGCUUGUCUCCCAAGAAGCAGGCGUCUUUUAAUUUUGUGACUGCUGUCACCAUCUGCAGUGAUCAUGGAGCCCAAGAAAGUAAAAUCUCUCACUGCCUCCAUUUCUUCCCCUUCUAUUUGCCAGGAGGUGAUGGGACCAGUGGCCAUGAUCUUCGUUUUUUUGAUGCUGAGCUUCAGACCAUAUUUUGCGCUCUCCUCGUUCACCCUCAAUAAAAGGUUCUUUAAUUCCUCCUCACUUUCUGCCAUCAAGGUUGUGUUAUCUGUGUAUCUGAGGUUGUUGAUUUUUCUUCCGACAAUCUUAAUUCCGGCUAGGGAUUCAUCCAGCCCAGCUUUUCGCAUGAUGAAUUCUGCAUAUAAGUUAAAUAAGCAGGGAGACAAAAUACAGCCUUGUCGUACUCCUUUCCCAAUUUUGAACCAAUCACUUGUUCCAUAUCCAGUUCUAACUGUAGCUUCUUGUCCCAUAUAAAGAUUUCUCAGGAGACAGAUGAGAUGAUCAGGCACUCCCAUUUCUUGAAGAACUUGCCAUAGUUUGCUGUGGUCGACACAGUCAAAGGCUUUUGCAUAGUCAAUGAAGCAGAAGUAGAUGUCUUUCUGGAACUCUCUAGCUUUCUCCAUAAUCCAGCGCAUGUUUGCAAUUUGGUCUCUGGUUCCUCUGCCUCUUCUAAAUCCAGCUUGCACUUCUGGGAGUUCUCGGUCCACAUACAACUUAAGCCUGCCUUGUAGAAUUUUAAGCAUAACCUUGCUAGCGUGUGAAAUGAGUGCAAUUGUGCGGUAGUUGGAGCAUUCUUUGGCACUCCCCUUCUUUGGGAUUGGGAUGUAGACUGAUCUUCUCCAAUCCUCUGGCCACUGCUGAGUUUUCCAAACUUGUUGGCAUAUUGAGUGUUGCACCUUAACAGCAUCAUCUUUUAAAAUUUUAAAUAGUUCAGCUGGAAUAUCAUCACUUCCACUGGCCUUGUUAUUAGCAGUGCUUUCUAAGGCCCAUUUGACUUCACUCUCCAGGAUGUCUGGCUCAAGGUCAGCAACCACACUACCUGGGCUGUACGAGACAUCCAUAUGUUUCUGGUAUAAUUCCUCUGUGUAUUCUUGCUAUCUCUUCUUGAUGUCUUCUGCUUCUGUUAGGUCCUUACCACUUUGGUCCUUUAUUAUGGUAAUCUUUGUACAAAAUGUUCCUUUCAUAUCUCCAAUUACAUUGAACAGAUCUCUGUUUUCCCCCAUUCUAUUGUUUUCCUCUAUUUCUUUGCAUUGCUCGUUUAAGAAGGCCCUCUUGUCUCUCCUUGCUAUUCUUUGGAAAUCUGUAUUCUAUUUCUUGUAGGUCUGCCUUGGAUUCGUAUCAAGAUCAUUCUAUCAUUUUUCAGAUUGCAUCCCAGUACAGCUUUUGCCACUCUUUUCUUGACUACGAGGGCCACUCCAUUUCUUUUACGGGAUUCUUGCCCACAGUAGUAGUUAUGAUGGUCAUCUGAACUGAAUUCGCCCAUCCCUGUCCAUUUUAGUUCACUGAUGCCCAGGAUGUCAAUAUUUAUUCUUGCCAUCUCAUUUUGACCACAUCCAGCUUACCUUUCGGCUUUGGCCCAGCCGCUUCAUCCGCUCUGAAUCUACUUGUCCUUGUCCUCCGCUCUUCCUCAGUAGCAUGUUGGACGCCUUCUGACCUGAGGGGCUCAUCUUCCAGCGUCAUCACUUUUAUAUGCCUGUUGCCUUUGUCCAUGGAGUUUUCUUGGCAGGGCUGCUGGAGUGGCUUGCCGGUUCCUGCUCCAGGUGGAUCACGUUUGGUCUAAACUCUCCACUAUAUCCUGUCCAUCUUGGGUGGCCCUGCACAGCUUAGCUCAUAGCUUCUCUGAGUUAUUCAAGCCCCUUCGUCACAACAGGGCAGUGAAAGUGGCCCAAUUCAAUUCUGUCCAUUAAACUUUAAUUAGUUUAAUGUUAAGUAAACGUCCAGUGCGCUUUCAACGCCAUAAGCCUUAUCUCAGCAGAGAAUUUCGUGCAGCGGUUGAAGAAGGCAGGAGAGUCAGUACCUUUCAAUGAAGAAUCCUGGAGCAAGCACUUUGGAACUCAAGAAAAAAAACUUUAUUUACAAAAGAAAAACCCUGGCGAUAAAGCACACAUGCUUUUAUCUCCAGCAUAAAGAAAACUUUACUCUAAACUUAACUCAUAUUAGCAAACACGGGGGAGAGAGAGAACACACGGGUGAACUGACUAUUUAUACAAACUAACUCACAUUCCUAGAUGCUUAAUGACUUCCAGCUGCUCAGUGAUUAGAGCGACUUGUUACCUCUUAACCCUUUAGUACCAACACCCCCUCUCGCUCGUAACACUGAGCUGUACCAACCUUAAUUCAAAUUUAAACCUGAACAGAAAUAUUUAUGAGAUUGCGGACUCAAAGCUUUUGUAAAACCGUCUGCGAGAUUUUCUUUGCUUGGACAAUACUUUAGUUCAAUUAAACCUUGUUUUACACUUUGGCAUACAUUUUGAUAACGGAUAUCCAAGUGUUUUGUGAGUGCCUUGAAUUGACCUGAUUUAGCUAGUUUAAUACAAGGUUGAUUGUCUUCCCACACUCUGAUAGGUAGGGAACAUUCUCCAAACAAUUCUUGUACCAGUUGCUUAUAAAAUUCCAGUUCUCUACAUACAUCUGAUAAUGCAUUGAACUCAGAUUCAGUUGAACUUAAAGCUAUAAGUGAUUGCUUUCUUGAUCUCCAACCAAUUAGUGCAUUUCCAAAUUUUAUCGCCAUCCCUGACACUGAUUUUCUAUCUGGUCCAGCAUCUGCCCAACUGCUGUCGGCCCAACAUUCAAGUUGUGUGCUGCCCUCUGCUGAUAGUUUUAAGCGAAACCUUUUGGUAGUUUGGAGAUACCUUAAAACUCUUUUUACUCCUUGCCAAGCAUGCAUUGAUGGUUUUUCAGCUUGUCUACACAGCAUGUUGACAGCAUAUGUUAUAUCGGGCCGAGUCCACUGUGCAAUGUGGAGUAGACUGCCUAUCGCUGACUGGUAAACCCGGGAUUACUGAACUCUGCCUGUUGCCCGGCUUGAGCAUCCUUUGUGUAACUUAACUCCAUUGGGGUUUUAACACCAGCACAGUCGUCCAUUUUAAACCUUUCCAGCAACUGCUGGAUCUUAGCUUCUUGGCUGAGCCAAUAGUUCCCAUUUUCAUCUUGCUGAAUUUUAACUCCUAGAUAAACAGAUACAGUGCCUAGUGAUUUUAUCUGAAACUUUUCUCCAAGCUUUGUGGCAAAUUGUUGUGCAAGUUUAUCGUCCUUUCCACUGUAUAAUAAAUCGUCAACAAAUAUCAAAAUAGCUUCUUGUUCACAUCCCGAGCCUUUUAGAUAAAGACACGCAUCUGCUGCGCUCUUUCUGAACCCCAUGCUCUCUAGAGCAUCGUUUAAGCAGGAAUUCCAAUUACAGGCGGACUGUUUCAACCCAUAAAUGGAUUUGUGUAGGCGCCAGACCUGGUUUGGCUUGUCUCCUUCAAAACCUGGUGGUGGUGUCAUAUAGACUUCCUCCUGUAAGUCUGCAUUUAAAUAAGCCACAUUGACAUCAAAAUGAAACAGCUUAUUUCCCUUCUUAGCUGAAGAGGCUAAAAGCAUUCUUAAUGACUCCGAUCUUGAAGUAGGGGCAUAGAUUUGAGAAUAGUGAACACCUUUGCACUGCGAAAAACCUUUUGCAACUAGUCGGGCUUUAUAUUGCAACUCCUCAGUGGUUGUGGGCUUUAAACGAUAUACCCAUCGACAACCUACAGCUUGUUGCCCUUUCGGAAGCUCUGUACUUGUAAACACACCGAGAGACUUCAUUGAAGCCAUCUCUUUUUCCAUUGCUUCCUGCCACUUUACGGCUUCUGAGCUUGGAAGCUGUUGUACCUCUAUAUAGCUAUCUGGCUCACACUGUGCCAUAUUUACGUAUACACUUGUCACCUUAAACCGCUCUGGUGGUUUGCCCUUUGUGGCACGUUUUGAUCUGCGCAAUUGUUCCUCUUGUGCCCCCUCUGGCCGUUGGCUGUCAGAAUCUGUCUCAGACUUUAUAUCUGGAUGCGCCCCUAGGGAUAAAGACCUCCGUUUAGAUACCUCCCUUGGGCUUGGUGUUGCAGGCGACCUGCUUCGCUUUUGCUGUCUGCUAGGCCUACUGACUGGCGAUGUUGGAACACUCCUAGAUUCUGGCUUUUCUACCUUAGGAGAAGAACCUUGUGCCUGGUCAGAAUCUGCAUCUGAACCAUGUGCACCAUCCCCUUCUGGCUCACCACCCUCUGGACUUUCAUUCUCAGCAUAAAUGCCUAAAUCAUCUCUCAAAAUGUCAGGGUUAGCAUGUAAGUGAGUCCAUCCGGAUUGCUCACAAAAUUCAGCGCUCCUACUGAUGACCACUCUUGUAGUAUUCCCAUCUGGGUUCACGAACCUCCAAGAUUUGGCGUGUGGUUCGUACCCACAAAAGAUGAGUUUCCUAGCCCUUGGACUUCCCUUUUUCCUUAACGCUUUUGGGAUAAGUACAUAGGCUUGAGAUCCAAACACCGAAAGUAAUUAACUUUGGGCUUCUUCCCGUAUAAAGCAAAAUAUGGCGUAGUAUCAAUUACCGAAUUAUAUACUCGGUUCAGAAUAUGAGUAGCCGUCUGCCAGGCUUCCGCCCAGUAACUUUGAGGGAGUUUAGAAUCAAAUAACAUAGAGUUUGCCAACUCUUGCAGAACCCUGUUUUUACGUUCGGCCACGCCUCCUUCUUGGGGGGAAUAAGGUGUAGACAGACGAUGCUUAAUUCCCUUUUUCUUAAAGAAAUUCUGCAACACAGACCCGGUAAAUUCUAACCCUCUGUCUGUCUGAAAAGCAAGUACUCUAGUACCGAAUUCAAGUUCUACUGCAUGAACCCAAUUUUUAACUGUUUCUGCAGUAUCUGCUUUUGUUUUGAUAGGAAAAAACCAUGUGACUUUUGUUUUGUCAUCCGAGAGACACAGUGCAUACCUCGAACCUCCCAUGCUAGCAACAGGCAUUGGGCCACAUAGGUCCAUAUGCACAAGUUGGAAUACUUUGUCAGAUUUCCUAUCUGAACUGGGAUAGCUGCAUCUAUGAACCUUCGCCCUUUUGCAUGCAGUACAAUCCAAAUACUUAGUACAUUUGUUCAUUUUGCACCCUUCUGAUAAUUCAGGUUGCCUUUUAACGUACUGAAAAUUAAUAUGUCCCAAACGGCGGUGCCAUAAAUGAACACAAGAAUUAUGGGUAGGCGAGUUCACACAACCAGCAUGAACCUGUUCAACUUCAUCUGGACUUGUCUCAAAAUAAUAUAACCCAUUUCUGCAUUCCACCUGCAAAAGAGAUACGUUAUUCUUUGAAAUAGUGCAAACCCCAUUUUCAAACACAGUUUUAAACCCAUCUCUAUCAAGUUCUGACACAGACAAAAUACACCCCUUCAUUCCCUUUAGCACAUAGGCAUCAAUUUCUGUAUGCAAACAAUUCAAGAACACUGUGCCUACGGUCUCUAAGGAACGUUUAGUUGAAUCUGCCAUUGUCACAACUUUAUGUUAGAUAAUUGAUUUAUUGCUCAGAUAAGCCUGAGGUCCGGCACACUUCCCCCAUCGCAGCUCUGCAUUCCAAUGUCCAUAUCUGAGCAUAGCAGAGUUCGUCAGCGGCAAGAGGAAACUGCAGGGGGAAAAAAACUCCAGUGCAUUCUUCAGUGUGCUUAAAUAAAGUCCACUCAGGAUCUUAGCAGCUAAAAGCAGUUUUAUUUACAGCAGGCUAUCCAUUAUCUAUCACAGCGAACAGCAUCGCGAAACACGUCCUCUCUCCUCAAAAGCGAAAGUAGAGAGAAAGAACAAAGACUUUAGUCUCUCGGAACUGACGUAGGAGUUCCCCCCUCCCACUAGUAGGCAGAGCGUACACUCUGAGCUGUUUAACCCUGUAAGCUCAGGUUCUCCUCACACUUUAAGGGUUUGCAAAUGCCUGCAAUUCUGCAAACGGACACUAGAUGGCGCCACCAGGUGGUGAGAUGCACCACUGUCGAUCAACCAGCGUAGAUUGCUGCCUUGGCCACGCCCUUGCAUCAACGCCAUUGCUGAAGCCAUGUGCUGUGUGCUGUGGGAGUAGCCACGACCUCCUCCUCUUCUUCGACGUCCCCUGGAACUCCUUGUCUGGUAACUAGGGGUAACGGCCUUGGUGCUGUCUUGACCAGGUUCACGUGUGCAGUUCCUGAUUAAAUGGGAAGAGGAACCACAGCGAAAACAGUGUCUAGCUGCAAAAGCAUUUACUGUGUUCUCAAACUCAGCAUCCCCACUCCUAGGCACAGCACAACUCCCCUUUGAAGACAAACCUCUUUCUCUUUGCCUUUUAUCCUGUUCAUCUGCAAGCCGAGAAGAAAUGUAUUCAAGGGUUAAUUCAGCUGAAGGCAUAGCUUCCAAAGUUAAAGCUAGAGUCUCAUAGCUUUUAUCAAGAGAAGACAACAAUAUGUAUGACUGCUGCUCCAUAGAGAAGGAAUGCCCAGCUGUCUUAGUUGAUUAAAGGCAGACACCAUUUUGGCAAUAUGUUCUUUCACACACGCUCCCGGUUGGAGACGUAAAUCAAACAAACAUCUUGUAGCAUGGAUCUUGGCCCCCGCAGUGUUUCUGGAAUUUAGCCGCUGCAGGACCGUCCAGACCUCAUGCGUGUUCUUUAACUCAGAAACAUAAGGCAUUUGCUCUGGUCCCACUGCCAAAACUAAUAGACCUUGGGCUUUCCUGUCGCGUUUCUGUGAAGCUGCUGCUGCUGCUUUGUCUUCUGCAGACGCGUCUGCAGCUGCCUGUAAAGGCGGUGCUUCAGUACAACUCCACAACUCUUUUGCUUGCAACCAAACCCUUACUCUAGCCUUCCAAUCUUGCCAAUUUUUCCCAUUGAGUCGCGUAAACGGGACAGCAAAACUUUCCUGGGACUCUGCCAUACUCCCUGGGGCUUAGGAACGAUACUCACACACCUGUAGACCGUCUCCAAGCUGCUGAGGUGGCUCCUUGAGGAAUAAGACGUCUUCCAGCGAGUACAAACUGCGCAGUGCCUGUUUAAAACUUUUUCUAGGCGCGUUGCAGGACUCAAGCUGCUUUGAAGGCUUUCGUUGUUGGCAACCGCUUCUGUCUUCACUCCAGUCCUUUCAUAAAUCACUCUGAACUGCACUCCUUAUCUCCUUCUUGACGUACAAACAGCCAUAACCUGUCCAUUAAACUUUAAUUAGUUUAAUGUUAAGUAAACGUCCAGUGCGCUUUCAACGCCAUAAGCCUUAUCUCAGCAGAGAAUUUCGUGCAGCGGUUGAAGAAGGCAGGAGAGUCAGUACCUUUCAAUGAAGAAUCCUGGAGCAAGCACUUUGGAACUCAAGAAAAAAAACUUUAUUUACAAAAGAAAAACCCUGGCGAUAAAGCACACAUGCUUUUAUCUCCGGCAUAAAGAAAACUUUACUCUAAACUUAACUCAUAUUAGCAAACACGGGGGAGAGAGAGAACACACGGGUGAACUGACUAUUUAUACAAACUAACUCACAUUCCUGGAUGCUUAAUGACUUCCAGCUGCUCAGUGAUUAGAGCGACUUGUUACCUCUUAACCCUUUAGUACCAACAAAUUCCAUAUUUUUCUUUCCCCCAGUUAUUGCUUCUAGUACCGUAAUAAAAAGUAGAGACGAAAGGGGGCAGCCUUGCCUGGUCCCCUUACUUACUUUACUUCUCUUAUUUCACUAUUUAGUAUCAAUUUGGCUCUCUGAUUUCAAUAUAUUGCCUCAACACCCCUAAUAAUAUUUUCUCCAAGUCCUGUUUUUUCUGUAUUUUUUUUCAUGAAUGUAAUGGUUUUAGGGGUUGCUCGUGCGUAAGCCGGUGUUUAUCUCCCCGGCAGGGUGCAAACACCUGGCUGGGUUGCCUAAGUGAACCUUUUCUGUCCGGACAGCCACUUACCCAUGGCUGACUCAAUCGCUGGCAGAAUCCGUCAGUGGGCGUUUCUUAAACUUCUUCCAGCAAAGAAGCUCUUUGACGCCUAGUCUCCUCCUACUCUCUCUGCGCGGAAGCCUUCUGCGCAAGGAGGGCGUGGGCAACGGAGGACCCUACUCUCUCCGCUGGUCCCAGGCAAGGAGUCAUGGGACCACCUCGCCGCUUCCCCCAUCUGCCCCCCUUCUCCACUGGUGCUACGCUGAUUCUCUUCCCCAGAAGAUGGGCUGCUUCUCCCGAUCCCUGGACGCUCUCUAGAAUCUCUCUGGAGCUUGCUCUCUCCCUCCCGCACUGAUGGCAGUUCCCUGACAUCCACCUCCUCCUCAGGACCCACCCCCCCACCCCUGGCGCGAUCUUCCGAUACAUCCUCCUCUCUCUCCUCAACCGACGAUGCGGGGAAUCCCCUGAAAGAACUGUCAUCCUCUUCUGAGGAUUCAAAACCAGCCUCCCAUCCGCUCGGAUCUCUUCCUGCUGGUUGAACCUCCCAGUCUGAUUCUUCUCCCUCGGACACCUCCCCUCCCUCCCCUUCGGAGGCAGGAAAACCCACAAUGUAGUCCCCUUCGUCGUCUGUAGGUCCAAAUUCUUCCUCCCAGAAUCUAGCUAAUGGUUUGGGCUUACUCGGGAACAAACCAUGAAACUCUUCCACCAGAUACCCGUCAGUGAUUGAUUCUGCAGGGACCCAGGUGUUUUCAGACCUAGGUUCCCCCUCCCAGGCUACUAAGUACUCUACCUGGCUACCUCGCCACCUUGAAUCGAGUAUUUCCGUAGCUUCGUUGCAGUGUUCCCUCUCCUCUACCCGCGGGUGGGUGGUAACCCCUCCCUCUCGUCCCGGGAAUUCCCGCCCCUCCCUGUAAGGCAAAAGUAGGGACCUAUGGAACACCGGAUGUAUCUUCAUGCUGUCAGGCAAUGUUUGAGUUUAAAUGCCACUGGGUUAACCUGCUGUAUUACCUCAAAAGGCCCCAGCCGCCUAGGCUGCAACUUCUUGCACCCCCCCCUUUAGGGGCAACCCUUGGGAUGACAACCACACCCGGUCUCCCACCCGUAUGGCCUCCCCCUCCCGACUGUCUGCCUGCCUCUUGUAAACUUCCUUGGCCCGCUCCAAGUUCAGCCUGAGUUGCUGGUGUAAGGCCUCCAUUUCCUCCACAAAUUGCUCAGCCGCAGGUACACUCCAUCCUUCCUCCCCCCGCCCCGGGAAGGCCCUGGGGUGACACCCGUAAUUGGCCAUGAAAGGGCUCAUUCCCGUGGACAUGUGUUCGGCAGUAUUGUACGCAAAUUCAGCCAAAGCUAAUUUCUCUACCCAAUCGUUCUGCCUUUCGCUGACAUAGCAGCGUAGAUACUGCUGGAGUAUACCGUUUGCUCUUUCGGCCUGCCCAUUGGUUUCUGGGUGCCUCGCCGUCGAAGCUCACCUCGACCUGUAGCAAGCUCAUGAGUCUCCGCCAGAACCGGGAGGUAAAUUGUUUCCCGCGAUCCAAGAUUACCCUCAAUGGGGCCCCAUGCAGUCUAAAAAUGUGGUCCACAAACAGCCUGGCUGUCUCCUCUGCUGUUGCUGCAUGCGAGCAAGCUACGAAAUGGCACAUUUUAGUCAGUAGAUCGACCACUACCAUGAUCACUGUCUUUCCCCUUGACUUGGGCAGAUCUGUCAUAAAAUCAAUGGACACCACCUCCCAGGGCCUUUCCGGUGUAGGUAAGAGUUCCAGUAGCCCCGCGGGAGCAGUCCUUUCCCCCUUUGCCCUCUGGCAUUGGUCGCACCCUCGUACAUAUUCUCGUACGUCUUCCCUAACCUUUGGCCACCAAAACUGCCUGGUGACAAGCAGUGGCGUAGCGUGGGUUGUCAGCACCCGGGGCAAGGCAAGUAAUUUGCGCCCCCUAACCCUAACCCCCAGAUGUUGCGCCCGGUGCGGCCGGCUCCCCCUGCACCCCCCACGCUACACCACUGGUGACAAGUAGCAUGGUCUUGUGCUGUCCAAAGUGCCCAGCUGUUGGGUUGUCAUGGAGCUGUCGUAAGUACCUUCCCCCUCAAAGUCUCCCCCGGUACAUACAGCGCCCCCUUAUAGUACAGUAGCCCUUCCUUUUCCUCAAACCCUCCAUUGUCUUCCUUUCUGUCCCUGAGCUCCCUGAUUUUUGUCUGAGCAAACUCAUCGUCUCUGGUGAGCCCUGCCAGUUCUCGUUUCCCAACCCACGCACCUCCACACACCCACCGGUCCUCGGGGAACACGUGCCUGGUCUCUGGUGGCCCCUCCCCUUCCAUGUACUCCGGUUUCCUGGAGAGUGCAUCUGCCCUUACGUUUUCCCCUCCCGGCACGUAUCGUAUCUCGAAGAAAAACUUGGCGAACUCCUGGGACCAUCUGAUCUGUCUCUGGUUGAGCACUCGCGCGGUCCGCCAGUAUUCCAAGUUCUUGUGGUCAGUUCGGACCUGGAUCUUGUGCCACGCCCCCUAUCAAGAGAUGUCUCCAUUGCGGAAAUGCCACAUAGAUCGCAAGCAGUUCUCGGUCAUACACCGUGUAGUUUUGCUCCGACUUGCUCAGCUUCCUAGAGAAAAAGGCACACGGUCUCCACUGGAGAGGUAUAGAAAUGGGGCUUCUGUUGGGAAGGGGCUGCCCCAUUUGUGCUUCUCCAGGGGCAGGAGAAUCCCUGCAGGGCCUCUGAGGCUGCCUUUCCUUCUUCCUCUCUCCCAGGACCCUGCAGCUUCUUUUGGCUCCUUGACUCUUCAGGAAGGAUAAAAGGGACAGAUUGUGCAAACCUAGUGAGAAUGGAAGGGGGAAGAUGGACGGAUGACCUGGUCAGGUUGUCUCCUGCGUCCCUCCUCUCAACCUCUGAGUGUUCCCUCCCAAGGACCUCCGAGAGAUCUGGUGAGUCCCAGGGGAGGGGAGAUGGGGACCUGGAUGGAUGGAGCCAGAGAGGAAUUGGGGGGGGGAGGCAGGCGGAUGGAGAUCGAGAAGGGGAGCACCUUUUUGGGCUCCCCCACCUGCCUGCCUGCCUGCCUGCGCCUUUGUCAUCUGCAGGCAAUUUGAGCCAGGAAUAGAUCACAGCUCCCCACCCAACGCGAUGAAUUGGCAGCUCUAAAUGUCUAAACCAGUUCUGUGAUCUGAAUGCCCUGCCAAUGUCAGAAAACUCACUGAUCCUGCUUUGCAGUUUGAAUGCAGAUGGGGCCUCUGUGUGUUGUCUUUUCCUUUUUGGAAUAAUUUCUUAUUUGCUUUUAAAAACAAGGAUCAUAGGACUAAUAAAUGAUACAAAUAUGAAGACUAAGUCUUCGCAUGCCAUUUGCAUCUCAAAAAUAGCAGAAUAAAUUUGCAGGAAUAUCUAGUAACAUAUGGUUCAUCAUUAGUGGUCGGUGUAUGAGUUCUGGGUUCAUGAAUUGGUUUGAACUGAGUUAUAGUCACGUUUCCUCUUCUGUUGCUAAUGAAAAAAUACAGAGUUGGUCUCCUCAUGGACUUGGGAGGGGAGUUCAAAGUGAAGAAAGUGAUUUACGUAUAAAUUUAAAUUUAGACCGACUAGAUUGAGGCAGCAGCUGACGGGGAGUCUUCAGGUGAAGAUGUUGCUGUUUGUUUCACAGACGAGACGUGGACGUUCCAUACAUAUCUGUAUGUGAUGAACUUCAACUCUUUGGUUGGAGACCAACAGCAUCUGGGAUUCUAAUAUCCCCCACCGUGAACCCAGAAUGGAGGGAUAUCAACUGUUUCCUCUGUGAAUGUUCUGCGUCUAGUCAUGCCUUUUAAAACAGUGAACAGGCUUCUCUGAACCACCCAGGCCUUCUUAAAUGCCGGCUUCAGAGUUUUUAGGGAGGUUGAUGUAAAUUCUGUCAGGCGUGUUGUUUUUGCUUCUGUUUGCAUUUGAUUGACCAGAGAUGACUGACCUUGGAGAUGGAGUGGAUUCCAGGAUUGAGCAAGAACAAAAUCCAUUCCAGAUAAAAGCCAAGCAAUAUGUCAGUAAAUACCGGCCAACAAAGGCAGUGAAAACUAUAGAGAGGCCCCACAUCUAGCUAUUUUUAGUUCUUCCUCUAUCACAAGCAUUAAUUAACUUGGUUCAAUGAUCUGGAGCUCCAUUUUUUCUGAGGCUCUAAUUCGCUUCUCUCUUCAUUGCAGAUGGAGAUGAACUGGAAGGGAAGAACAAGGGGGAGCACAACAGAAUCCACGUAGCAGAGAAGUCAAAUAAACAUUCAGAGUGUGGAGAGAACAUUGGUCAGAGCUCCCAUUUCACCUCCCGUCAAAGAAAGAGCUUCGUUCAGAGGGAUAGCCUCACUGCACACAAAAGAGGACAGAGCAGGGAGAAACCCUAUCAGUGCUUGCAAUGUGGGAAGAGCUUCAGUCAAAGGACCCAUCUCACUUUCCAUCAAAUAAUUCAUACCGGGGAGAAACCCUAUCAGUGCUUGGAAUGUGGGAAAAGCUUCAGUCAGAGGGGCAAUCUCACUUCCCAUCAAAGAACGCAUACAGGAGAAAAACGCUAUCAGUGCUUGGAAUGCGGAAAGAGCUUCAGUCACAGGCACCGUCUCACUUCCCAUCGCAGAAUUCAUACAGGGGAGAAACCCUAUCAGUGCAUGGAAUGUGGGAAGAGCUUUAAUCAAAGCGCACAUCUCACUUCCCAUCAAAGAAUUCAUACCGGGGAGAAACCCUAUCAUUGUCUGGAAUGUGGAAAGAGCUUCAGUCUCAGGCAGAAUCUCACUUCCCAUCAAAGAACUCAUACAGGAGAAAAACGCUAUCAGUGCUUGGAAUGUGGGAAGAGCUUCAGGGAGGCGGCCAAGCUCACUUUGCAUCAAAGAACUCAUAAAGGGGAGAAACCCUAUCAGUGCUUGGAAUGUGGAAAGAGCUUCAGUCAGAAGGUGAAUCUCACUUCGCAUCAAAGAACUCAUACAGGGGAGAAGCCCUAUCAGUGCUUGGAAUGUGGAAAGAGCUUCACUGAUAGCUCCAGUCUCACUUCCCAUCGCAGAAUUCAUACAGAAGAAAAACCCUAUCAGUGCUUGGAAUGUGGAAAGAGCUUCAGUCAAAGCGCCAAUCUCACUUCCCAUCAAAGAAUUCAUACCGGGGACAAACCCUAUCAUUGUCUGGAAUGUGGAAAGAGCUUUCGUCAGAGUGGUGAUCUCACUUCCCAUCACAGAAUUCAUACAGGAGAGAAACCCUAUCAGUGCUUUGAAUGCGGGAAGAGCUUCAGGGAGGGGACAAAGCUCACUUUGCAUCAAAGAACUCAUAAAGGGGAGAAACCCUAUCAGUGCUUUGAAUGUGGAAAGAGCUUUCGUCAGAAGGUGAAUCUCACUUCCCAUCAAAGAACUCAUACAGGGGAGAAACCCUAUCAGUGCAUGGAAUGUGGAAAGAGCUUCAAUCGGAAGGAUAGUCUCACUUCCCAUCACAGAAAUCAUACCGGGGAGAAACCCUAUCAGUGCUUGGAAUGUGGAAAGAGCUUCAGUCUCAGGCAGAAUCUCACUUCCCAUCAAAGAACUCAUACAGGAGAGAAACCCUAUCAGUGCUUCGAAUGCGGGAAGAGCUUCAGUCAGAGCUCCCAUCUCACUUGCCAUCAAAGAAUUCAUACAGAGGGGAAACCAAAAAAGAGAAAUAAAACAAAAAAUAUUAAACAAUCCUUACAAAAUACAAUUGUAUAGAAAAGAGAAUGGGGCGGAUAUAAACGAAAAAUACUGUUUAUGACAUUUGUAUCAUAUAUAUGAUAUCAUUCGUCAACCCAUAGAAAGACAGGCUCCCCCACUUCUCCCCUGCGUGACCCCCUCUUCUUCCCGUAUCCCACCCUGAGAGAUCCUUCCCUGCGUUCCUUGCAGGUCCCUCGCACCUCCAACUCUCCUCUUCCUAUGUGUGUCCUCCUAAAUUCAAAAUAAAGGAAUCUUAAUAUAAAAUACAAAAAAUAGAUGAUGAUGAUGAUGAUGAUGAUUUAUUGAUACCCUUCCCAUCUGGCUGGGUUUCCCCAGUCACUCUGGGCAGCUUCCAACAAAAUAUUAAAAUACAGUAAUGCAUCAAAUAUUAAAAGCUUCCCUAAACAGGGCUGCCUUCAGAUGUCUUCUUAAAGUCUGGUAGUUGUUUUUCCUUUGACAUGUGCUGGGAGGGUGUUCCACAGGGCAGGCACCGAAAAGAAAACCCCCAUCUCCAUCUGAAAAUCAUCUGUAGCAACAAUUAUUCAUAAUUUGCACUCCAGAAUAAACCCAGCUGUAUUUAGCAUACAGUGGUGUAGUGGUUAAGAGCGGUAGAUUCGUAAUCUGGGGAACCGGGUUCGCAUCUCAGCUCCUCCACAUGCAGCUGCUGGGUGACCUUGGGCCUGUCACACUUCUGUGAAGUCUCUCAGCCCCACUCACCUCACAGAGUGUUUGUUGUGGGGGAGGAAGGGGAAGGAGAAUGUUGGCCGCUUUGAGACUCCUUCGGGUAGUGAUAAAGCGGGAUAUCAAAUCCAAACUCUUCUUCUUCUUCUCCUCUUCACCAAGAUGACACAUUCCCUUCGUCUCCCUCCCUAGCCCAGCUUUCAAAUCUUAACCAACUCAGACAGUGCAAUAUGACUCUUAUAAUGAUCGUCUAAUAAUCCAAAUUAGUAUUUCUCCAGCUUCUAGGUCCAGUUUCUAUAAAGCCUUUGAAAAACUGUUCCAACAAAUCUCAGCCAAGUCACAAUCCAAGAUUAUGGUCUCUUAUAAUGUUCAUCCAAUCCUGCUUCCUCUUCUUUCUUCUUUUCCUAAUCUUUGGACAUUUUAAUCCACUGGGGAUGGGGAAACAGGCAUCUUAAUUCCCUUUCCUCAAAUGAGAUCAUAGCUUGUGUUGUUCACCGUUUCCGGAGUUCAUGAGAUCCGCAGAGACGUGGGAAUAGUAUUAAAUGCAGAACUAAAGUCUACAAAUAACAAUCUCGCAUAGUUCGCUUUCUUCUCCAAAUGAGUCAGGACAGCAUGUAAAGCCACAGCAUCCUCCGUGGAUCUCUUUGCUUUUUCAAAACAUUUCAUUAUAAUGGGUGUCAAUGCCACAGGGCAAAAAUCAUUCAGACUAUCUUUGGGUUUUUUGGCAGGGGUAUAGAAUCAUAGAAUCAUAGAGUUGGAAGAGACCACAAGGGCCAUCGAGUCCAACCCCCUGCCAAGCAGGAAACACCAUCAGAGCACUCCUGACAUAUGGUUGUCAAGCCUCUGCUUAAAGACCUCCAAAGAAGGAGACUCCACCACACUCCUUGGCAG